CUCUCUCUCUCCUUUGCCUGCUUGCCAUGUGGGACUGAGCAACCUCUAGAUCCUUGGACUUCUAUUCACAGCUGCUACUGACCAUUGUUGGGAGUUGGACUGCAGACUGUUCCUUCUGACUGAAUAUCUAUCAGGAUGAGCACCUACAACCCUCCCACACUCCUGCAGCUGGCACUGGACGGGGUGCUGAGGAAGGAUUCCAUAGACUUCUCUGAUCUGGAGUACCUGCCCAUCACGCUCUUCCCACCACUCUUCAUAAAGGCCUUCAAUAGCAGACACACAGAGAUAGUAAAGAAAAUGGUGGCAACCUGGCCCUUUCCCUGCCUCCCUGUGGGGACACUGCUUAAAACCGCUGGUGUGGAGAUGCUGCAAGCUGUGCUGGAUGGCAUAGAUAUACUGCUGACACAGAAUGUUAGUCUCAGGUGCAAGCUUCAAGUGUUGGAGUUGAGAGAUGUACACCAGCAUUUCUGGGAUGUAUGGGCUGGAAGAGAGGAUGAAGUCCACUCAGCAGAGACUAAGAGUGAGAAGAAAGUAGGAGAGCGCAUUUCUAGAAAACCACCGAGAGGUGUGAAGGAGUACUAUGUGCACAGUUAUCAAACUGACUGGUCAGUGCAGACCUUCUGUUUAUGAAAAGCAAUUUAUAGAGUGGCAGAUGAUUUCACUUCAUGAUACUCAGAAGAGAGAUGGUAUGAACAUUUUGAACAUGGCUGAAGCAAAAGUUCUUGCCCAGAGAACUGAUUGUGCUGAGACCUGUUAACUCUUCAAUUGUGAGCUCAGAGAGAGGGCAAGCCAACCAUUUUAUUCCCUUUGUCACUGUAUCAGGUAACAUUAAAAUAAUUUUACUCUG